CCGCUGGCGCUACAGGACAGACAACGACAUCUGGCACAUUUUGUCUUAAAACACAAAAUGGGAGCAAUGGAAGAUGAUUGGCGUUUGAGACAGGCAGUAUUCAAUGGAGAUAUCAAGACUCUGAGGGAAAUGAUUUCCAAUGGUGCUGAUCCAAGAACUGAAGAUAAUGAAGGUACAUCCAUUUUAAUGCAUGGAGCAUGCUUUGGACAUUUGGAAAUAGUUAAGUUCUUGGUAGAGGAGGUUUGCAUUCCACUGGAAAAAUGUGAUAAGAAUGGAAACACAACCCUCUUGAGUGCUUCAUUACCAAUAUACCCCAAUCUUGAGGUUUUGCAGUACCUGGUCUCAUCUGGAGCUGAUCUCCAGGCUAGAAAUUUUAUGGGUGAGACGGCACUGCACAUUGCUUCUCGCUCUCAGUCCCUGGAAACUUUUAAAUUUCUGCAGCAGUCAGGUAUUCCUAUUGACUCUCAGGACCUCCAAGGAAAAACUGUUCUUCAUCAUGCUGCUGAACUUGGGGAUGCUCAAAUGGUGAAAUAUCUACUAGAUCAGAAAUGUCUCCCUGUUGACUGCAGAGACAAGUAUGGUCAGACUCCAUUAAUGUUAACAGCAGAGUUUCCAAGAAGUGAGCAAGAUCCUGUAAGACAUGGGGAAUGGAUUGACCAUACAGAUUAUGUCAGUAAGGCUCUCAAGCUUAUUGUAGGUGCUGGAGCAGACCCUACAGCAAAAGAUGUUGUUGGUAGAACAGCACUCCACAGAGCACUUGGAUGUAAGGAGAAUUUUCAGUACCUUCAGAAAAUACAUCCUAAUUUCAAGGAUGGUCUUGAUAAAAAGGGACAAUCAGCCAUAAUGAGAGCCAUUUCUGCAUUUCGAUACCACUAUGAUAUGCCCCAUGUGAUAAAACUGCUAGUGCAGGGAGGUGCAGAUGUCAAUUUAUGUGACCGAGAUGGAAAGACAGCUUUGUGCCUGGCUAUAGAGAAAGAUGCUUUCUGGGCAUUGAGGGAACUAAUAGAGGGCGGAGUCACUUUAUCAUCUUGCAGAAAGGAUGAGCUUACAGAUAUUCUCCACAUGGCUGUGUGGCGCCAUCAAGAUGAGCUAGUCACAAGAUUGAUUGCUGCAGGAGCAGAUGUCAAUAGCAAAGAAACAGGGGAAGCUGAGAAGUCAACAUUACAUGGGCACACUGCUCGAUGUUUGGAAAUCAAUGAAUUGUCAUAUAGAGGAGAAGGUUGGAUUGAUGCAGAAUUUUCUGGCAAUUCCCCACUGUUCAAAUCUCUUGAGUCAGAGAAGAUAGUCACUAAUUUGAUUGCUGCUGGUGGAGAUGUGAAUUUCAAGGAUGACAACGGUUGUACCCCACUGCUUGCAGCUAUUCAUAAGGAGCAUUUGAAGGCACUGGACCUUUUGCUGAAGGCUGGUGCUGAUCGAAAUGCAGUGGAUAACUGUGAUGUGACAGCUCUUCACUUGGCUGCCAACUGUCGGAAGGUACCACCUCAAAUCAUAGCAUUUGCUAAAGAACAGAUUGAACAGGGUAUGAGACUAGACAUCAUGGAUCAUCAGGGCAGGACACCUCUUCAUUAUGCUGCACUGACUGGAAAUCACAGAGUUAUGAAACUCCUCAUCAGUUUGGGAGCCAAUGUAAAUGCUUUAGAUGUCUAUGGUAAGACUCCCAUUGUCAUGCCAGCCAUACAUUCACUUAAGGACUGUAGGUUGGUGAAACAGCUAUUGAUUAAUGCUGGAGCUGACUUAACAGUAAGAGAUAAACAUGGCAAGACAGCCUUACAUACAUCAUUUGAGAAUGAUAAUAUUGAAAUCACUAAGUUUCUCAUGAAGAAGCAUCAACAAGAGAUUGGUUGCGAUAAUGAUGGUAAUAAUAUCCUACAUUGUGCAGCCAGAGCUCGAAGAGAUGCACUUGACAAAGUGAAGUAUAUACUGAAUAAAAAACUUACUACACUUGAAGAAAAGAAUGAAAAUGGAGAGACAGCUUUAAUGUGUGCUGUACAGUUGCCUUCAUGGCACACAGAAAAGCAGACUCUUGUUCAAAUACUAUUGACAUCAGGUGCUAGCCCCAAUGCUAAAGACUCGCAAGGGAAGACUCCUCUCCAUAUUGCAGCUGCAGAGGGAGAUGCAAAGACCGUGGAAGCUCUGAUUGCUGCUGGAGCGGAUGUAACAGAGAGGGAUUUAAAUGGUCGGAUGCCUCUGCACUGGGCAGCUCAGUCCUACAGUGCUGAGGCAGUGGAAUUACUGCUGAAUGAGAGAAAUGAGCAACAUGAAAUGGUGAUCAAUCAACAGGACAAUGGUGGGCAGACCCCAUUGAUGCUUGCUGUCAAAGAAAAACAGUCUGUAAAGUUAUUGCUAAAAGAAGGUGCCAAUGUUAAUAUGCAGGAUUGUGCUGGAAGAACAGCACUCCAAGCAGCAAUUGAGUGCAAAAAUUUUGAUGCAAUGAAGCUACUGCUGAUUGCGGGAGCAGAUUUCUUACCUGCUCAGAGGGAGUAUCAUGUUAGAGCAAUCCAUUUGGCUGUUGCAGCAGGGGAUACUAAGAUACUAGAGCAUCUCAUUUCAAUGGGAAUGGACCUUUUACACUGCUGGUGGGACCCUGAACACAAGACAACCCUGCUACAUGUUGCAGCUGAAACCAGUGUGGAAAUGUUGAAGCAGGUAUUGAAUGUGGGAAAAAGUGUAGACACCUUUGAUAAUGAAGGGUACUCUGCCUUUCAUCGUGCAGUUCUGUCUGGAAAUUGUGCGGUCAUCAAAUAUUUUUUAGAAGAGAUACAAACUCCUGUGGAUCAAAGAGAUGCAAAAGGGAGGACAUCCCUCAUUCUAGUGGCUGCAAGUGACAAUUGGCUCCUAAUGGAAUCAGCAGUUCCAGACAUUUUGCUUCAUGCAGGUGCUGAUGCUAGUGCACAAGACAAUGAAAAUAUAACUGCUUAUGAUCUGGCACUUCAGAGUAGGAAUCAAAAAUAUGCAGAUCUUUUAGAAAUGGCACAACACCUUUGUUAAUUUCACUGAACAGUGUAAAGCUGGUGGUGCAUAAUUGCAUCUAUGUAAUGUUUAUGUGACUUCUUAACAAGUGGCUAAUGGCUUCAUAUUAAAAGGGUACUUAGAGAGUUGUUGCAUGGUACAAAGUGCACAUUUCAAGUUUACAGGAUAUCAAAAAUGCAGUCUAUAGUCUAUAAGUGAUAUAAAUUAAUUGUAUUUGAGCCAAAACAAACCAUUGUUCUCCAGAUGCACCUUUGUUCAUUGGACACUACCAGUAAUCGAAAUGAAGCCAAGUUUUUUUCUCUUCUAUUAAAACUAAUACAAUGGAUUAAAUUCAUCCAAAAUCAUAAACUAGGUAAUUUCACCAUGCUUUUGUACCCAGACAGUUAACAUAUCAUCAGGUCUAUGUUUGCUUCCUCUGUGUGUGAUUAAAAUAUUUCACUAAGCAGUAAAGUUUUAUAAAUAAAUGCGUCUUAUGGAGGCACUUGUUCCAAAUUCAUAGAAGUCUGAGUAGUCUAUUUACCAUAAUUAAUAACAGUAAUGCUAACCUAGCUGUGAUCAUUGAUAAUGUCAGUCAUAUCCAGUGAGACAAGCUCAUUCUUCAAGCAAUUAUUUACAUUUUUUAACUGAACCUGGCAUAUUACAAUCUCAUCCAAUAUCAUAAAUUAACUUAUAAAUAAUUAGACACCACCUGCAUUUGUGAUAAAUUGCCUUGAGCGACAUUCUAGAAGGAAAGAAAAGGGUGUAAAAUGGUGAUGACAUACUUUUCUGAGUCAGUGCUAUCGACAGAACACAAGAUACUUCAGCACCAAUUGAGUGCAUUUUGAAUGGAGUUCUAGAGUAGUACUCUUUCAAAAUCUGACGAAAUCUCAAUGUGAUCUUUAUCCCAAUGAAUUACAACUUUUAUAAUAUGGGAACAGGUUUUUGGUUGUCAUUUAUUUCCAAACCAUUCUUCUUACAUGAAUAUUUUUAAAAAGUAUUAAAAUAUCCACAGUCUAUCACUUGCUUCCUAUUGUCUUGUAGGUGGCAUAAAAGUGACUCAAAUUCUGACAAGAGUAUUUGAAAUGGUCCCAGUGGUGAUCUACAUCUUAUAACAGUUAUAAAUAACAUUUCUGGUAGCUGCAGUUCACAAGCACAGACUUACAAUUCUUGAUCUAAGUAGAAACUACUGACGUCAAUAGAUCUGAACUUGAUUCAAUGUUUUACUUAUAUGACAACCAAGAAUCAAGAAUUUUUAUUCACCAUCAAUCAUUUUACAAUGAAAUAGGCUUUGUCAUUAUAAUAUAAUACAGGAUGUAGUAAUACAUGUGGGGAUAUAAUAAUAAAAUAAACUAGCACCCAUUAACUAUGGUAUCCAUAUUAAGCACGGCAGUAAUAAAAUACACAGUAGGAAAAUUUCUAAAAGCUAGGGUCAAUAAGUCAUAGUAUACUGUAGUAUGGUACAAAACCUUUGCAAUAAUUGGCUAGAGAAUACAAGACAUAAUUAUACAAAACAUAAAGACAUAUUUAUUCAAAAUGUAAACAUAGCACAUAACAAUACAGUAAACUAUAGGAAAAUUUGCUAAAUACUAAUAUCCUCUUCAGGCACCUCAAGGAAUUCUUGAAUAUUAUAAAAUGGGUGAUCUGAUAGCCAGCUGUACCACUUAAUUUUAAAAAUUUUUAGCUCCUUAGACCAAACAUAGACUGGUAAUUUGUUGAAAAUUUUGAUAGGAUAUUUCACAAACAUGGUUGAUAUUUUCCUCCAAUUGGAGUUUGGAGUCAAUGUAGAUGCCGAAAAGUUUUCAUGAAUUAUUUUCUACUUUAUCUGACAUUUCCAUUAGGAGUAGUUGGGCUUUAUUGGGGUUACACAGGAGUUUAUUAGUUGCAAACCAGUCCAAGGCAGUAUCAAGAGUUUGUUUUUUUGUUCUGUUCAGAUCUGAAAUUCUCUGAUGUAUUGUAAGUGGUGUUUUAUUGUCAGUAUAACAUAUGACAGAGUGAGCUGUGUUAUUAGGUAACUCACUGAGUGCUGUAAUGAAGAAUCAGGGACUGAGAAGAGAUCCUUGUGUAACACUUGUACUCAUUUUCAUUAAAGAGGAAUUUACAUUUCUGACUGAGACAAAUUGUUUUAUGUUGCUUAAAUAUGAACACAUCACAGCUAAUGUGCUCCCAUGCACCGUAUAAAACUCCAGCUUCCUUAGUAGUAUGUCAAUUCCUCCUCCAUCCGUAUUUUCUCUACAGAACUAGGCUGCCAAUGUAUAGACCUCUGUGUUUAAUAUAUGGAUUCCUGUAUUUAAAAGGUUGUUGGACAUUAUACAUCAACUUAGCAAUCUAGAUGCUAGAAAGAGAUAAAAUGUUCCUGAACUCUGUAUUUAAGUUCGCUAACAUUCUGAUACAUAGAUAAGUUUCUUUUGUGUGUGACACUUCAUUUAUCUGCACCUCCUUUAAAGCAGUGUGUCUGGAUGAGGUGUUUAAGCUAAAGGAGUAUUACCUCUCAAACCUGCAAGAAUGGGAAUUCUACUAUUGGAGACAGUGCCCUCCACACAUCUUCCUCCUCUCCACCUGCCUGCCUUAUGUUUACAGCUAUUAAUUCAGCUAAACCCAUGUAAUAUAUCUAUGUGCAGGUUGUGAAGUGUAAAAGCUCAAACCUGUAGACCUGUGAGGCCUUUUUCAUUACAUCCACAACAUUUGAUCUCAUUUUGCUAACAGUUUGGCAUUUGUAAGAGAUACUCCACAGAGAGAGCUAUGUUUAGCCUAACAGAUGAAACUCUAGCCAAAUUAAAUCUCAGAAGGUAUCCAGUGGGGAUCUUUUGUGAUCUUGCUUAAAGCUUUCAACUGUGUAGAUCAUAACACACUGCUAAAAAAGCUUCCACACUAUGGCAUCAAAGACAAACCUCUGAUGUGGCUAGAAUCUUAUCUACACAACAGGAAGCAAAGAUUUAUCAUAGUGGAGGCAGGUGUAACAGUAAACUCAGACUGCAGAAAUGUAAAAUACAGUCUCCCAGGCUUGAUCCUUGGACCACUGAUUUUCUUUUUCUGAUCUACAUUAAUGAUCUACCAGUUACAAUCAACGACAGAGCAAAAAUAGUCAGGUUUGUGGAUGAUACAAGCAUUCUGAUAAAGGCUUCCAACUCUAUAAUGCAGGAUACAGCCCUCACAGCCAAAAACCAAGUAUCCAAAUGGUUCACAGCAAAUAGCCUAACCCUAAAUUUAGCAAAAACUAACAUUAAAUUUAGCAGAAACUAACAUUAUACAGUUUCAGUCAGUAAAUGAAAAAGACUUCAAGUUCCUGAAGUGGAGAUCAACGACCAACAAAUUUAUGAAACCACACAUACAAAAUUCCUGGGCCCCCAGACAGACAGACAGCUGAGAUGGAAAGAGUAAAUUGAUCAACUGGUUAAGAAAUUGGCACAGUUCGUUUUGCCCUAAGAGACUUCUCUCAUUGAAGAGAAAUAUUGAUUUUGUCAUAUUUUGCGUAUUUCUUAUGAUAUUAUCUCCUGGGGAAAUGUUACAGGAGUUGAAAACGUUUUCAAACUACAAAAAUGAGCAGUGAAGUUAAUAUGUGGGAUCUCUAACAGAACAUCCUGCAGAGCUCUCUUUAAGACUCAGAAUAUUCACUGUUACAAAUCAAUACAUAUACUCACUGAUGAUGUUCAUAGCCAGCAACAGGAAAUCAUUCCAAAAAAACUGUGACAUUCACAAGCAUAACACCUGACAGAGAAAAAUCUUGCACCAAGGCUCUGCACCUCUCACAAAAGUCUAUAGGGAAGUAACUAAACCAGGAAUAAAAGUACACAACAAGCUUCCCAUCAAUAUGAAAAAGGAAAUUAAUAACAUACAGGUAUUCAAAAAGAAACUAAAAACAUUCCUCAGAGAACAUACUUUUUAUAUGCUGAGAGACUUCCUGGAGUAAUAAAGCAUCUUUUUGAAUAAAAAUGGAGGAAACCACUUCAAUUUUUUUUAAAAAAAAGAACCAUACUUAAAAUAAAAUUUUUACUUAUGUCAUGAAGACAAAACUGUGUAUUCUUAAUGUAAAUUAUAAUGAUAAAAUGUAAAUUUAUUUACUUGAUAGGUUAAAAUGUGUACUACCAUUUUUUUCACUCUAUUAAGUAUUUACCUGAACUGACUUAUGCGUUGAUGAUAAAAAAAUUGUAUUUUAAUUUAAAUGAUAAUGAUAGAAAGUAAAUUUAUUUAUUUGUGGCACUGGGAUAAAACUGUGUUGUUCUAUUUAUUAUGCUAUUUUAAGCAUUAUGCUCACAUAAUUUUGUAUUGUUUUACUUGACUUGUCCUAUAUUAUUAGUAC